AUGUUCUCUUUUAUCUUUAUCCUCUUGGUUCUGAAGCUUUCCUUUUUUUUCUGCAAUUUGAUUGACUCCAAGUGUUUUUGGAGAAUAAAAGACAGAAAAAAUGAUCUAGGAGAUACAGAUGCUGACUGCUUUUUUUCUAUUUAUUCAAAGCAUGGUUAUGUGAAGAAUGAUCAUUUCAAUGGGAAUAUAGACAAGCAGGUAACACAUAAGGCCAUCCACAUGAUUUCCUGUAUUUAUUCUGCCAUGGAAGAAAUCAAUAAGAAUCCUCAUAUUUUACCCAACAUUUCUCUGCUAGUUAAAGUUGAAUGUAACUUGUUUGAUGAUCAUACAAAAAUUGGAUUAUCCUUGAAAAGAAUGGAAUGUACUCCUAACCAUUACUGUACAAAACAGGGAAGAUAUAUAGUUGUACUUACUGGACACUUACGGUCACUAUCUACCAAUCUUGAAUGAUUUUUGUACAUCUCCAGAACUCCAGAGCUUUACUGUGGUCAUUUCUAUCCUCUCUUCAGUGCCUAUGAGCACUUUCCUUAUCACUACCAGAUGUCUCCCAAGGACACAUCUCUAUCACUAGCCAUGAUUCAUUUCAGAUGGAACUGGGUGGGAGUAAUCAUUUCAUAUGAGGACCAUGAAAUUCAAUUCCGUUCUGAAUUGAAAGGAGAAAUGGAAAAAUCCAUCGUCUGUUUUGAAUUUGUGACUGUUAUAUCAAAUAAUAUAUUAUAUGUUGAAAUCGCUAAGUAUUAUAAGGAAAUUACAUCAUCAGCAGCAAAAGUUGCAAUUGUUUAUGGAAAAAGAGACUCUAAACUUCACUUUUUCUUUAUUAUAUUGAAAUCUAGUGACAUUGGGAAAAUCUGGGUCAUUGUGUCACAAUUUGAUAUGAUAACACUUACAGGAGAUUUCAUGCUUAAUGCCACCCUUGGGACUCUGAUUUUUUCCCAUGAGCACUCUGAGAUGUCUGGUUUUAAACAAUUUAUGCAGAUGUUGCACCCUUUAAACUACAGUAAUGGACUUUCACCUGCUAAACUACGUUGGAUUUAUUUUAAGUGUUCUUUUCUAUUUUCAAAUUAUAAGAAACUGAAGAAUUGCCCACUGGAAACCUUAUUGAAGUGGUUAUUCAGAUCACCUCUUGGAAUGUCCAUGAGUGACAUAUCUUAUAACUUAUACAUUGCUGUCAAUGCUGUGGCCCACUCACUCCAUGAGAUGCUUCUGCACCAAGUAGACAUAUUGUCAAAGAAUUCUGGGAAGUAUCUGGAAUUUGUCUCCUGGAAAAUGUUCUCUUUUCUGAAAAACAUACAAUUUGUCAAUCCUGACCUAGUGAACAUGAAUCAGAAUUCAAAACUGGAUACAUGGUAUGACAUUUUCCAUGUCAUGAAUUUUAUGAACUACAUGGGAAUUAAAAUAAAAAUAGGACACUUUUCUGGUUAUUUUCUUAAUGGUCAACAACUGCGUAUAUCUAAUCAAUUGAUAGAGUUGGUCACAGAUAUCAAACAGUUAAUACCUUCCAUGUGUAGUAUGCCUUGCAGUCCAGGCCUCAGAAAAUCCCCUCAGGAAGGAAAGGCUGUUUGCUGCUUUGAAUGUAACCCAUGCCCAGAAAAUGAAAUUUUCAAUAUGACAAAUAAGGAUAUGUUUAACUAA